CGAGGGCCGAGAGCCGGACGAGCCCAGAUACCGACGGCUGCACGGCAGCGGGGAGCGGUUUGGCGGAGACACAGGGCCGCUCCGAGGCCGCUGCGAUGCUGCCCUCCUUGCAGGAAUCGCUGGAUGGGGAUGAAAAGGAGCUAGAGAGCAGCGAAGAGGGAGGCUCAGCCGAGGAGCGGAGACUCGAGCCGCCGUCCAGUAGCCACUACUGUCUCUACAGCUACCGCGGAAGCAGAUUGGCACAGCAACGAGGGGACAGUGAUGACGGAAGCCCAAGUGGCACAAAUGCAGAAACUCCCUCUGGUGAUGAUUUCAGCCUCUCCUUGGUGGAUAGUAAUCUACCAACCGAAGUGGAGCCAGAGCUGCGCAGUUUCAUUGCUAAGCGUCUUUCAAAAGGUGCAGUCUUUGAAGGGCUGGGUAAUGUUGCAUCUGUGGAGCUGAGAAUUCCAGGUUACCGAGUUGGUUGUUAUUACUGCCUUUUCCAAAAUGAAAAACUGCUUCCUGAAACAGUAACAAUGGACUCUGAACAUAACCCUUCAGAAUAUGUGGUCUGUUUUUUAGGAGGCUCUGACAAAGGACUUGAGCUUUUCAGGCUUGAAUUGGACAAGUACAUUCAAGGCCUGAAAAAUAACAUGAACUGUGAGGAAAGGGGCCUGGAGAGUCCUAUAAAAUCCUAUCUGAGCAGCUGGUUUGAGGAUGUUGUAUGCCCAAUCCAAAGGGUGGUUCUUCUGUUUCAAGAAAAGCUUACCUUUCUGCUACAUGCUGCUUUGAGUUAUACUCCUGUUGAAGUUAAAGAAUCAGAUGAAAAAACAAAGAGAGACAUUAACAGGUUUUUGAGUGUGGCCAGUCUUCAAGGACUUAUUCAUGAAGGCACCAUGACUUCUUUGUGCAUGGCCAUGACAGAGGAGCAGCAUAAGUCUGUGGUCAUCGAUUGCAGUGGCUCCCAGCCUCAGUUCCACAAUGCAGGAAGUAACCGGUUUUGUGAGGAUUGGAUGCAAGCUUUUUUAAAUGGUGCUGAAGGAGGUAACCCUUUUCUUUUCCGACAAGUACUGGAGAACUUUAAAUUAAAGGCCAUACAAGACACAAACAAUUUGAAGAGAUUUAUCCGACAGGCAGAAAUGAAUCAUUAUGCUUUGUUUAAAUGUUACAUGUUCCUAAAGAACUGUGGUAGUGGAGAUAUACUUUUGAAGAUUGUUAAAGUAGAACAUGAAGAAAUGCCUGAAGCCAAAAAUGUGGUAGCUGUCCUUGAAGAAUUCAUGAAAGAAGCUCUUGACCAAAGUUUUUGAUCUUAUGUUUUGAGAUAAUUGUAUGAUCAAGUUUUUAUAUUUGAGCCUUAGUGUUUGAGAUUGCAGUUAUAAUUGUUCAUAGGAUUGCUUAAGAUUAUUUGAAACUCAAACCAGAUUUUCUUUUCGUAUUUUAACAAUUUAACUUAAAAAUCUGAGGAGCAUCUUC